AUUUUAACGAACGUUUAUCAAACGCCACCAUGUUUAUUAUUUACUAACUAGUAACGUGAGAUUGGUUAACCGCUUAAUUUUAGCAUUUUCUUGUACAGGUUUAAUCUUUCAAAUUAUUACAUAAGGAGUCAUAAUUUGGAAAAACAAAUAUGGCAGAUGCCACUGCUCGUUCGCUUCAGUAUGAAUACAAAGCGGUAAGUCAACUGAAAAAAACCAAACAAAAAUGGUUAAUUAUAUUAUUAGGCUAAAUUACCCAUUUACGAUAAUUAGGGAUAAGGUAAGUAAAAUUGGCCCUUGGCUUAGACACCAGAUUUUCUACACCUACAACUGUAUACAAUAUUAUGUGAUACCAGGCAGCACUAACACGCACGUCGUAUUGGACUUAUUAAUCGGGAUGGCCUACUGCCUACUGUCUUUUCCAUACUGAUACAUUACAUCCAAGUCAUAGCCUAUAUUUGAAUUUGAUUGACAUGACAUUGUGAUUGAUUUUGAUUGAAAAUCUGUGCUCUCUUGUCAUUUAUACUCAAACUAGACCUUGUAGAGCAGCAUAAACUAUAAACAAGUUGGGUAAAUGCAAAGAAAUAUCAUCACGCUUUUAACCAUGGCCGCCAUCUUGGUUGUCGCGACCUGUGAACUUUGACGGUCUCUUAGCAUUAGCCACAAGUUGUUUUUAUCACAUCUCAGACCACCGCAGGCUUUAAUUUUUAGCACUUCAAAUCACAUUUUCAUUUUUGUUACAAGACUUAUCGUCUUAUGACAGAUUUUUACUCAGCUAUCAGUUCCUGGGAGCUAUGACUUACUGACCUUACUUAAAUUACUAGCACUUCAAUAACAGUAAACACACAGAUAGAUAAAAUAUAUUAACUAUGUACAUUCAAAUUUUUUGUGUUAGCUAUAACUAUAGGCAGUAUAAGUAUAGGCAGUCUUAGUGGACUAAGAAGGAGAAGCAUAAAAAUAACCAAGCCACGAAAAAAAGUUUUGGAAAUGCUUUCUUAAAUGUCAGUUUAAAUCCCAAUGUCCUGACAUUAUUCAAUGAUGUAUAUGAUUCUCUUACUGUGGCAUGGCAUAUUUUAUUUAGUAAAGUUAAAUUAAAUAGUUUUACUAUAUUCCUUUUAAAAACCUAAUUAUUUUUAUAGUAGGGUCUGUGGGUUAUGGGGGGAAAAAAAGGGGGGGGGGGUUAUUAGAGAUUUAUUUCUCUUAUUUUGAUACACAAUAUCAAAAUUAAAUUUACCAUUUAGUGCUGAAUGGAACAAUCUUUUUUUUUUUUUUUUUUUACUUUUUUUUUUUUCAAUUAUAUGAUGAGUGGUAAAAUAUAUUUGUAUAUAUUUUCAGAAUUCUAAUCUUGUAUUGAGUGUAGACAGAACUUUGAUUGACAGAAGAGCUCGAGAUGAAGCUACUGGAGAGGUUAUGUCCCUUGUUGGGAAGCUUGUUGGUACCCGAAUGGGAGACAAAGCACUUAAAAGCAAACCACCAUUAAUGGAAGAGAGAAAGAUAAAGUGUGUUACUUAUUUUUUAUACAUCACUUUGCAUAAAUAUUUAUUUUAUAACUUACACUUAAUUUCUACAAAUUCUUGCAAUCCCAUGUAAGAUAUUUUUUAAGUACAAUAACUAAAAUAGAGAUUAAAAUGUGUUAUUUAAGCAGUUUUAGGCAGACACUUUUUUAUCCAUUCAUGAGAAUCAAGCAUGCUUUUGUUAUUUUAGACGAAGAAAGAGAGAUGAAGCUCAGCAUGACAUGGUAAAAAUGAAAGGAACAACAUUAUUGUCUGAAGGAAUUGAUGAGAUGGUAGGCAUCCUGUACAGACCAAAAACAACAGAAACCCGACAGACUUAUGAAGUCUUGCUAAACUUUAUUCAAGCUGCGUUAGGAGAUCAGGUUUGUCAGCUUAUAUUAAUGCAGCACUUAAUUGACUUUCUUUUAUGAAGAAACAUUUUUUGUGCCUUUCCUUUUUUAUUUUAAAUUAAUUUCUUUCUUUUUAUUCUUUAGCCUCGUGAUGUCCUUUGUGGUGCUGCGGAUGAAGUUCUUAUAGUCCUUAAGAAUGACAGAAUGAAAGAUAAAGAUAAAAAAAAAGAAGUUGAGAGCCUUUUAGCUGAACUUGCUGAUGAGAGAUUUGCCUUGUUGGUUAAUUUGGGCAAGAAAAUUACAGAUUGGAGUCAAGAAGAGAAGACGCAGACAAGUAAAUUAAAUGUGUAUUUUCGAUAGAGUUACUGUUUGUGUAACUAUGAGCAAUCUUAAAAGUCCUUGUAGAUCAUAUUAAUCUAUUAUUUGCUUUGCUUUUUUCCAAGUUAUGAAUGCUUUAGCAAAUAUUGUAUCUACAGGAGGUCCUGAUUUUAAGGUUGUGUUCCAUUUUUUUAACUUGAAAUCCCUGUCAUUUGCUAAGCAACCUACUUACACAUAAACGACAUGUAUAUAUGUACAAGUAUAUAUAUUUAUGUACAAUACAUAAUAUUAUAUAUAAACAUGUACACACAUAAAAUUUAAGAUAUGAAAACAACAUAUUUAUGAUAUUAAAAUAUAUAAUUGACUAAAAACAAGUGCACACACAUGUCCGCUGGUCUAUCUCCUCUUUUACUUUGUCUAACCAUUUCCAAAUUACACUCUAAACAUGAUAAUUGUCCUCUUCCUUGAUAUACCGGCACCACUAUCAAUGAAACACAUUUUGAAGCCAUUGUUAAAAGUCCAAUUGAAAUUGUACGAACUCAAACAACACUGGGCUACACAUCACAAUGAAGUCUAGACACUAACUGGCGUCACAAGAAGUCGCUUGGAAUGCUGGAUGUUUUGUGCUAUUCUGCGAGCUAGCCUACCAACUUCCAUGAUAAAAUUUAAAAAAAUUUUGAGCCUGAGUACGACCAUCGUAACAUCAAAUCAGCCGUAAAAUGAGGACCUCCUGCAUAUAAUUAUAUAUAAAAAUAAAUAAUUCUUUGAUGACCUUUGUUAUUACACACAGGUGAAACAAUUGACUUUGAUGAGACUUAUGGCGUAAAUGUUCAAUUUGAAGAAUCUGAUGAUGAUGUAAGAAGUGUUUAUUAGUAGUUAUAAUUAUUGGGUUUAUUUGUGUAAAACUAAAAAAAUAUGUUGAACAUUUAAGAAAAAGAUAAUGGAUAUUUCUGCUAUACUUGAAUAUUUGUAAUUCUAUAAUCAAAAUAUUAAUUUUCUUUAAAAAAAAAACCACAAGGAUAAUUACCAUCUUAGUCUUGAAAAUAUAUUUUGCAAUGUUUCAACCUCAAAUAGUAUUUGCCAUACAUGCAAAAAGUAUAAUUAAGAUUUAUCCAAAAGAAAAUUUAAUUAUAUUUAGGAUACUGGUGAUCAAUAUGGUGAAGUUCAAGAAGAAGGUGAGGCAGAUGACGACAAUGAGGGAGAAGAAGCUACAUUUGAUGCCACUCUUCAUGCAAAUGUAAUUAUCAUAUUUCUAUAAAAGAAAGUAUCUGAAUUUUUGUGUUAAAACAGAAAAAAAUGUUUAGAUAGUCAAAUGACUUGUGGAUUGAAUAAUAUAAUUUAUAUUUAAAUAUUAAUUUAAACAAUCACAUUUUAAAUGAAAUAUUCAGUUUCAUGCUUAAAAGAAAUUGAUAAUGUUGUUACUCAUUGGACAAAAUUUAAAAAGAAGUCUGAAUCUGCCCGAAUAAUAUUAACCGUUUGUGUUCUAUAUCAACCAGCUCUCUGAGGAAGAUAAAAACAAAAAAGAUAGAGGCUUGCAUCCUCGUGAAAUUGAUGCUUUCUGGAUCCAGCGUAAGAUUAGCAAAUUUUAUCCUGAUGAUCCCAAUAUGGCUCAGAGCAAGGCUAAUGAAGUGCUGGAAAUUUUAAAGGUAAUUUUUGUAGCUGCCUGUUGAUAAUUGGAGCUUUAAAACCUCAUUUAUACAUUUUGUAUUGUAAUCAAGGCCAUAUGGAAGACAUUUUUCAAAAUUAUAGUUCUUACUAUGUAAUUUUAUUAUUUUUGGUACUUUAUUAUAUUUUUUUUAUUAUUUGAAUUUUUUAUCUAAUUUAUAAACUUUCUUUUUGUCAUAAUGUCUGUGAAGACUGCUGGGGAUGACAGAGAGGCAGAAACAAAGUUAGUGAUGCUGUUAGAUGUAUCUCACUUUGAAUUCAUCAAAGUCUUACGACAACAUAGACAAAUGAGUAGGUUUUAUUCUAUUUUACAGGAAUAGCUUUCAUUUCUUUUUCUGAAUAUAUUAAUGUAGCGAAGUUUUAAUGGUGAAAUAUUCAAAGGUAGACUAAACAAGUGCUUUGAUUUAUGCAUUUAAAAAGUCUUCACUUUCUAAUGACAGUUCUGUACUGCACACUGUUGGCCCAAGCGCAAACUGCAUCAGAAAAGAAGAAAAUAGAGCAGAAAAUGUCCUCUGACCCUGAGCUUUCGAUUAUCUUGAAGUCACUUAAGGCAACUGAUCAAGAUGAUAUUGUCAGUGAAGAAAGAGCAAGAAGGCAGCAGGCAAGACAGUCACGUGUUGCUGCUGACAUAGAAGCAAUGGAUGUGGAUGAAGAAGAGGUAAGAGAAACGAUUUUAUCUCUAUUUAUUUGCUUGUAUCUCCAUAAUGCAUCUAUUAUUUGCUGUAGCCCAUGAAAUUUGUUUCUGUUACUUGGUCUCAUUUAUCCAUUUUAUCUUUGAUACUUAAAUUCCAGUCCCUGUAUUUUAAAAUCUAUAAAUAAAUGCAUAUUUUUGGAAAGUUCAGAGAUUUGCAAGAACCAGGUUCUGCAAAUUUAAUUAAAUUCAGCAUGAAUUUUAAAAUUUUAUUUUGGGUUUGCCAGGAGCUCUUCUUACUGGUCUUUUAUAUAGGUUUUAAUUUAGGAUACUGCCAUUGAACUUUGAUUUUCCCAAGUUCAGCCAACACUGUGGGCGAAAACUGUGUUUGGGUUCAUUCUGUUUAACUUCCUAUGCAAUAAUAAAUUUCUUUUGCAGGACUUAAAACUCUUCUUGGUUCUUCCCUAAUAUUUUUAUAUUUGUAUAUUUCAAUAGGAAGUUGGCCCCGUCCAAACGCUCUACCUUGAAGACCUUGUUUUCAGUCAAGGCAGUCAUCUAAUGGCCAAUAAAAGGUGUCAAUUGCCUGAUGGAUCUUAUAGGAAACAAAGAAAAGGUAAUGAAAAAGAAUGCAAAAGCUACUGCUGUCAAUUUUUCAGCCCUGUUAAAGAAAGAAAAAAUGUCAAAGCCCACAAGAUGUGUUGAUUUUUAGUAAUUGGUUCUUGCAAUUGUGUGUUGUUUAAAAACACAUUUAAAAAAAAAUGCUUUUAAUCUCAUACAUAAUAUUCUUUUUCUCAAAAAAAUAUAAUUACAGGUUAUGAAGAAGUUCAUGUACCUGCUUUGAAACCAAAGCCUUUUGACAAUGAUGAGGUAAAGUGUACUUUAUUGUUUAGCAAAUAUGUAUACAAAUUGUCUUUAAAUUUGACAUUUCGAAUCUUACAAAAAUCUGUAGUCUUUAAAAUAAAUGAUAUGUUUUAUGAAAGAGUAACUCAUUGCAGUCUGAUGUUCUUUUCACUUUUGCUAAAAUAUUGAAUUUGAUUUUUUUAAAUUAAUGAAUUAUCUUCCCUUAAAUAGGUCUGAUCUUAUUAGUUUUAUAUAUUAACUUGCUCAGCUUGAAUGAGCUAUCAUUUGGGUAAUUUUUUUGGUAUAUUUUAUUUACUUGGUUUUUAAAAAAUGAUAUUGGAGUCCUUUUUUUUUUUAAAGACGAGCACUUAAAAAAAAAAAUUCUGAAGGGAAAUAAACUUCUUGUUUCUUGUUAAAUAGUUUCAAAAUUUAUGAAAUUCUUAAUAAUCUGACUAAAACCAUAGUCAAACAUUCUAUGAAAAAUAUUUUAAAAAGUUGUGUGAUUUUUGUGUGGAAGAUAUGGUUUUGUUAAAUUUUGCAAAAAAUGCAACAUACAAAUUUAAUUAAUAUUCAUUUUGAUCACCAUAUUACUACUUCAAAAACAGAAUUAUGUUUUUAAAUAUAUUUUAAAAUACCCGUAAUCCUUGAACUGACACUAGUUAAAAUUAAAAUGAUUCAGUAAAUCAAAAUAUGCAUAUACAUCUUUGUUAUAAUCCUAAUCUAACACAGGCUGACAAACUAUGGAAUUGUCUUUCUACACACUGGACACAUUGUUUCUGAUAAUUUGAAUGCAUUUUUGUUAUAAUAAUAGAUACAUUAGAACUGGUACUGGACUUGUGUUUCCCCUUAGGAAUAGGUAGCAUGUAACUUCAUCACAGAAAAAUCACUGUAAAAAAAAACCAAGUGAAAUAAACGUGAUUAAUUUAUAAAUAAUAUUAACACUAAUGGUAAAAGCAGGCUAUCGGCAAGGAAAAAAAGUUCUUCAAGUGAAGGAUGUUUAGUUUGUGUUAUUUUACUAGUUUUGCUUUCUUGAUUUGUCGGUUUGUGCGGUGUUUAAUAUCAGACGUUGAAUUCCCACACCAACUAUGACUUUUUGUGGGCUUUUGCUACUGUACCUAAAGAUUAGAUUUAAAAUUACUGUGUUCACAGAGUACACAAUAAAAGGGCUUAGUAUAAUAGCCAAGAUGAAUAAGGAAUUACCAUUAUCUGCAUCUGUGAUGUCUCUCUCCUACUUUGCCAUUAGAGUUACUGAACUGUUAUUAAAAACAUAAAUAAUUUGUUUGUCAUUUAAUGUCAUGUUGUCUCUACUAAUACCAGUGGUAGAGAUAACUAAAUUAAACUUACUUCUACUGUAAAUAUAAACAAAUUAAGAUGAUGAUUCAUAGCAGUUAGACAUUUAAAAGAAAAUUUUGAGAUAACAAAUGAAAAGAUCAUAACUUAUUUUUUUUUGUAACUACACAAUGCCUCUGAGUUUUUCGCCAUAUUUAUACAAUAUUUAUAUCCGAAAGGAACGCUAUUUAUCAAUUAUAAAUGAUUCAAACUCAAUAAAAAUCAACAAUCUUAACAUAUUUGUAUAAGUGGAUUAAGUAAAAUUAUAAAAUAUCCAAGUAAAUUCCAUGAUCAGAGUCUACAUCUGAGUAUAUGUCUUCAGAACAAUUCCAUGAUCAGAGUCUACAUCUGAGUAUAUGUCUUCAGAACAAUUCCAUGAUCAGAGUCUACAUCUGAGUAUAUGUCUUCAGAACAAUUCCAUGAUCAGAGUCUACAUCUGAGUAUAUGUCUUCAGAACAAUUCCAUGAUCAGAGUCUACAUCUGAGUAUAUGUCUUCAGAACAAUUCCAUGAUCAGAGUCUACAUCUGAGUAUAUGUCUUCAGAACAAUUCCAUGAUCAGAGUCUACAUCUGAGUAUAUGUCUUCAGAACAAUUCCAUGAUCAGAGUCUACAUCUGAGUAUAUGUCUUCAGAACAAUUCCAUGAUCAGAGUCUACAUCUGAGUAUAUGUCUUCAGAACAAUUCCAUGAUCAGAGUCUACAUCUGAGUAUAUGUCUUCAGAAGAACAAAAAUCUCAAGCAUAUUUUGCAAAAUUAAAAACAUUUGACGAUAUUAUUAGUAGUAAUUAAUUUUUGUGUGACCGUAACAUUUUUAGUUUUUCGGUAAUCCACUGCGUUUUUAAAGACUACUCUGCGCUGAAUAAGUUUCUAAUAAUAAUAAUUUUUUUAAUAGUAAUUUUAAAUUUUGUAAUAUUAAAAAUUUUAAAAUGCAUAAAACCAUUUAUAAAAAUAAACUUAUAUUUUCAAAAAAUAACUGAUUUAAAAAAUUAAUUAUCCAACUGCAGAAGCCAUCAUUCUAAUAUGGAUGGUUCCUUUGUAGUCUGACUGUGGAGUCUUAAAAGGAUUUUUUUGUAUGCUAAUGUACUUAAAGAAGAGUUUUUUAAAAAUAAAAUUGAAAUUAAAAAGACGCUAAAUUUUUUAAUUUAUUCUAAUUUAGAAUUUAGUAUCUAUUGACCGACUUCCCAAAUAUGCACAAGCUGCUUUUGAUGGCUUCAAAAGUUUGAAUCGUAUCCAGAGCAGACUCUAUCAUGCUGCUAUUGAGAGUGAUCAGAACCUUCUUCUUUGUGCUCCAACUGUAAGUUUUUUGGCAUAACUUUUGUUUAAACCAUUUGAUUAGAUUUAGUAAUAAGAAUCAUCACAUGACUAUAUGAUGUAAAAGACCAAGUGUCUGUUUAGUUUUAAAUUCAGUAUAGGCAUAUGACAAAAUAAUGUGUGUGGGCAUAAUUGAAUUUAGCAAAAAUAAAAUAAAUAUUAUUCAACUUGUUAAUAGAAGUGUCAUGUAUUCCUGGAAUAAAUUCAGGGUGCUGGUAAAACCAAUGUUGCUCUAUUGACAAUAAUGCGAGAAAUUGGGAAACAUGUGAAUACAGAUGGGACCAUAAAUUCAGAUGACUUCAAGAUUAUCUACAUUGCUCCUAUGAAAUCUUUAGCCCAGGAGAUGGUUGGCAACUUCUCUGAGGUUGGUCAUGUUUAUAAAAGUUGUAAAAAUUCAUGUUAUGAAUAAAUAACUUUGAAAGAAAUGGUUAUCAUUCAAAAGUAGUGUUUUAAAAUUUAAAAAAAAAAGUAAUACAAAUUUCAAUUUUGCUUUUUUUCAUUGAUUAUGGACUACUCCUUGUACAAAAAAAAGUAGUUAACAGUGUAUAGAUUUUUAAAACCUAUGUGUCCCACUUAGCGCCUGGCAUCCUACAACUUAAAAGUUCAAGAGUUGACAGGUGACCAUCAGUUAACAAGAGAACAGAUUGCCGCUACCCAAGUGAUAGUGUGCACACCAGAGAAAUGGGACAUCAUCACCAGAAAAGGAGGAGAAAAAACUUACACUCAGUUUGUCAAACUAGUUAUAUUUGUAAGUUGAACUUUAAAAAAAUUAUUAAAUUGAUACCUCCUUUUUGAUAAAAAAAAAAAUCAAAAGAAAAGAGGAAUUGCUUAAUUUUGUUUACAUCAUUGUUUCAAAAUAUUCAAAUGAUAUCAAGCUUAUUAAAAAUAUAUUUAAUUAUUUUCCAGUGUGUGCGAGUAUAAAUAAGGGAUGCAAACUACCUGUUAAAGAAUAUUUUUAUUUUGAAUCCUUUAUAAAGAAAAUUGAUGUUUUUUUUAUUAGGAUGAAAUUCAUCUGCUUCAUGAUGACCGAGGACCGGUUCUGGAGGCCCUGGUUGCCAGGUACAUAUUAUAUUGAACAGUUUUAUUAACAUAACCUUUGGAAAAUCUAUUUUGUGAGAUUGAAUUAUUGCUAUGAUUAAAUAUCUUCUAAAAGUUUUUUUUAAAAAUGUAUUGCUCCUCCACUACUUAAAAAGCAAGGCUCAGUUUCUUAGAGAAGAAAUUGCCUUUGCUUGUGUGGCAAUAUAUGUAGCAAAUUCAACUAUUACAAAAAGCAUUCUGCAGUUAUCAACCACUAAAAUGUAUCAUAUUUUUACAAUAAAAUCAUGUCCGACCUGAAAGACCAAUUAUGUAAUUUCCUCUGGUUGACUUUUCUUUUUCAAUGUAAAAGUAAAUGUAAGCACAUUGAGCUUUGUUGUGGUCAGUAAAAAAAGUAGUGAUUGCCUGAUCAGUGUAAUGCAUUAAUAUUAAGUUUUCUCUCAUUACAAUUUUUUUCUAUAUAUUUUUUAUAAACUUGCACUAAAACCUUUUAUUGUUUUGACAGGACUAUUCGUACCAUUGAAACCACCCAGGAAGACAUAAGAUUAGUGGGCCUCAGUGCUACACUUCCUAACUAUGAAGAUGUUGCUGCAUUUUUACGUGUUGAUCCCAGGGAGGGUCUUUUCUUCUUUGACAACAGUUUUCGUCCCGUGCCACUUGAACAGCAGUUCAUUGGGAUCACGGAAAAGAAAGCCAUUAAGCGAUUUCAGUUGAUGAACGACAUCGUCUAUGAGAAAGUCAUAGAACAUGCUGGCAAAAACCAGGUAGAGUCCCAUGAAAAUUAAACUGUCCUAUUGUCAAAUAUGUGAACUUAAAUAAAAAUAUUAGAUUUUGUUUAUAACUUAUUUAGCGUCCAAUAUGUAAUUAAAGUUGAAAUUUUGUUUAGAUUUUACAACCUUUGCUCUUAGGUCCUGAUAUUUGUGCACUCGAGGAAAGAAACUGGGAAGACAUCUAGAACAAUCCGAGACAUGUGUCUUGAAAAGGAUACACUGGGUUUGUUCAUGAAAGAAGGUUCUGCAUCGACCGUUGUGCUUAGACAAGAAGCAGAGCAAGUGAAGGUUUGUCAAGCACAUUUUUAUUUUCAUUUUAGAAUGAUUAAAUAGUGGUACUUUCCAGCUUAUUUACAUGUUCAACCCAUUUUUAUUAUUUGUUUUUGUGUUGUUUUUUACAAAUGUUCAGUUUGACCCCCACCCCCUAUUUCCAGAGCUCAGAACUGAAAGAUUUGCUGCCCUAUGGUUUUGCCAUCCAUCAUGCAGGAAUGAACAAGUAAGUUGAUAAUGCAUGAUACGUACGUUAUAAAUAUGUUGAAACUAUUAUAGUUGUCAUGAUAGUUGAAUGAGAUUGGCCAAAAUUUAAUUAGGUUUUGCUUAUUCUAGAAAGUUAAAAUGUGGUGCACUGCUUAAUUUCUGAGAAUAUUUCAGUCUUUCAAAGGUAGUGAGAUCCUUGAUUGAUCUGUUCUGAAAUAAUUGUAGUGAAAAAAAAAAGUAUAGUAUGAGUGAACAUGGCUGCCUAGCUGGCAGAUACAUCAUGAGGGCAAUAACUUUACAAACAUGUAUAUAAUAAUAAGUGUGUAGCAGCCAGUUAGUUAUGGAAUUGCUCUGAUAUGAUUGUUUUUUAAGUUUUUCUUCCAAAUUAGUGGCAGUAAAUUUCCUGAAUAAAAAAUUUUUAAAAAAUUUGGUUUCUUGCUUAUCAUGAAAUUUUUGUGUAUUCUCUUCAAAAUAGCUAAGUAUUAACUACAAACUGAUUUCUCUCCCUUCACUUUUAGAGUUGACAGAAAAUUGGUUGAAGAUUUAUUCAGUGAUCGCCACAUCCAAGUCCUUGUGUCCACUUCCACUCUGGCAUGGGGUGUCAACUUGCCAGCACAUACGGUCAUUAUUAAGGGAACCCAAAUCUACAGUCCAGAGAAAGGGCGUUGGGUUGAGCUAAGUGCAUUGGAUGUCCUACAGGUAAGAUUUGAUGAUCAUUUAGUAGACCACAGUCAUGCAUUCUAUGAGUAACUUAUGGUACUGUAAUGCAUCACAGUAAGUGUAGAUUUUAAUAUUAAAUAUUCAUAAUUUUCUUUUCAAGUCUUUUUAUAUUUGCUUUAGAAAAAUAGAGAUGGAAAAAAUAAAACAAAUUCAAGUAAAAAUAAUCUUUCUUUGUUCAACAGCUUUCUUAACAAUUUUAUUGUAAGCAAUGGAUUUUUUCAGAUGCUUGGAAGAGCAGGUCGUCCCCAAUAUGACACUAAAGGAGAAGGCAUCAUGAUCACUAAUCACAGUGAACUUCAGUAUUAUUUAUCCUUGAUGAACCAGCAGGUUGGCACAAUUUAUUAAUAUAUUUUAAUACACAUUUGAGUUAAAUUCUUAUUAUUCUAAAUUUAUUAACAUUUUGACAAUAUUUUUUACAAAAUGCAUUUUCACUUUUACACUACAGUUACCAAUUGAAAGCCAGUUCAUCAAUAAAAUGGCAGACAAUCUAAAUGCUGAAGUUGUUUUGGGAACAAUUCAUAACAUUAAGGAAGCUGUUGAUUGGUUAGGUAAGGUUUUUACAAAAAAUUACAUUAUUUAACAAAUUUUAUAUCAUUUCCAGCUUUUAUUUAUUAUUAAAUUGAAAUCUAUAAAAAUCAAUCUCAUAAAUAUAUAAAAUUUAUUGUUUGUCAUUACCCCUUGUGUCGCCAGGCUAUACUUACCUCUACAUUCGGAUGCUGAGAAAUCCCACUUUGUAUGGUGUCUCUCAUGACACACUGAAAGAAGAUCCUUUAUUGCAGCAACGAAGAAAAGAUCUGAUCCACACAGCUGCCUGCAUCCUUGACAAAAAUGGUUUGCUCAAAUAUGAUCGCAAAACAGGAAACCUACAGGUCUGUCAUUACAAUAAUCGCUUUUCAUAUUACUAGGAAUUAUUGAAAUUUAUGCAAAUUCCUUUUUACAAAAAAAUAUUGUGCUGGCAGGACUCAUGAUUUUAACAUCUUGCAUUAAAAGGCAAAAGUACAGUACAUGCUCAGAAAAUUCAGUUAUUCUUUUUAACAGGUGACUGAAUUGGGGCGAAUUGCCAGCCACUAUUAUAUAACCAAUGAGAGCAUGGCAACCUACAGCCAACUGUUGAAACCAACACUCAGUGAGAUUGAACUGUUUCGAGUAUUUUCUCUCUCUGCUGAAUUCAAAUACAUCAUGGUUAGAGAGGUAAGAGUGAACAAAAACAACAUGGUCUUUAUUUAUUUAUUGUUGAAUUUAAGUCAACAAGCCAUAAUCUGCAUCCUUUCAGUCUAUAAAUAUCUUAAUUGAUAAAAACUCAAGUGCUUCUUUUGUUUAAGUUUACAAGCCUUAAACUAUCUUAAAAGAAAAAGUUAGGUAUCUCAUUGUUCUUCAAUUUUCUUGUGUACUCAUUCAGGAGGAGAAAUUGGAAUUGAUGAAACUUUUGGAGAGAGUACCUAUUCCUAUUAAAGAAAGCAUCGAGGAACCUAGUGCUAAAGUGGGUAUACUUUCAUAACCAAUUAAACUGUUAUGUCUUUAAAUAAUGUAGGUAAUAUCAGUAGAUAUUGAAAGUUUAGCACUUUACUUUAUGGUGUCAAGAGAAUUAUUUGAGAUCUAAGACAGACAGUUGAAGAAUACUAUUUCUUUUUAACACCUCUAUGUAAGAGGGUUCUGGGUGGCUAAGUGGGGGGAACUGAGCCAAUCUCAAGUUAAUGCUCUGGAGUUCAAUCCUCACCAAAGCCCAGUCAAGAAAAACAUCACCAGCACCCAGGGUGGAUGGGACUUGUUAACCUUGGAUGGCAAAACCUUGGAGGGCAACUCAUCUAAGAGAAGGAGACUCUGAAUUCAAACUCAGAGAUGGAGUCCCGGAGGCGGAUAACAUUGAUACAAUGAAACAUUCCGACAAUUCUUGAGACGCAAAUGGUGCAAAGCUGUAAUAUUCACAUGAUGUUCCCUUGGAUUAUCCAGUAGUCUGGUGAGAGGCAAUUUCCUGUGUAAGAACCAGCUUAUAAUCCUAAAAAGAAUAAUCCCAGGCCUUGUCGAUUUCAUCCUGCGAAGUCUACACCAUCUUCACGGACAGAUGCCAGCAAACAAAAAAAUAAAGAGCCCUUAACACAGUGGUUCUCAUCCUUCCUAAUGCAGCUACCCUUUAAUACAGUUCCCCUUGUUGUUGUGACCCAAACCAUGCAAUUAUUUUCGAUGCUACUUCAUAAAUAUGUGUUUUCCAAUGGUCUUAGGCGACCCCUGUUUAAAGGUCGUUCAACCCCCCCCCACGACCCACAGGUUGAGAACCACUGCCUUAACAUAAUCUGAUUUUAAUUUGAUGAAUGGGAUUAAUUUAAUAAAAAAUACCUGAACAAUUAUUUUCAUUUUUGUUCAUAGACAUUCUUGCCAUUUAAUUUAAGUAUUAUUAUAAAUAGGUCAAUGUUUUGCUGCAAGCUUAUAUUUCCCAACUGAAACUGGAGGGCUUUGCCUUGAUGGUAGACAUGGUGUUCAUCACACAAUCAGCUGGACGCCUGAUGAGGGCCCUGUUUGAGAUUUGUCUACACCAUGGUUGGGCUCAGUUGGUUGACAAGGCACUUGCACUUUGUAAAAUGGUGGAUAAACGAAUGUGAGUCUCUAUGAUCAGUAGAGUUUUUGUAUUUUGUACAAUAAAACAAUCUUGUCAUAUUCUUUGUCUGUAUAAACAGGUUAUGAAUAAUUUUGCAAGUGCUUUAUUUAUAAUGGAAAAACAUAUUUAUUUAUUAUAUUUUAAUUAAAAUCUAUUCUUUUAAUUUGAUUUUUUUACCUUUAAUUUGUAGACAGCUUUUUACUGAUUUUUAUAACCUUGACAUGAUUAGGUGGCAGUCAAUGACACCCCUGAGACAAUUCAGAAAGAUUCCAGACCAAGUCAUCAAAAAGAUAGAGAAAAAGAAUUUCCCAUUUGAGCGUCUGUAUGAUUUGAAUCACAAUGAAAUUGGAGAACUUCUGAGACUCCCUAAGAUGGGAAAGGUAAAUAUUUUAACUCAGUUUUUUUUAUUUAACCCUAUAACUGUCAUAGCGGCCGAUCAUCGGCUGUUAAACCCCGUUUUGUUGUGUCAGGGUCGAUAUAAUUGGCCGUUAGCAAAAUCGUCAUUAAAAAUGUGGAUGAUUUAAUUUAUAUUGGUUUAAGGGAAAUAAUUCUAUAUAAAUGAUUUUACUUCCUAUAUAUGUCUAAUAAUAAGGGGGAGAGACUGCAAUUAGGUUAGAAAAAAGGAAAUGAGUGAAACUAAGGAUGGAAAAACCUUUAAAAAAUUGACGCAACAGAACACAAAAUGUGUUGGGAAGAAGCCUUCAUCAGUGAACAAACAACUGUAAAAACAGAAUUAAAUAAAAAUAACACUGUAAUAUUGACAAUGUCGGGCCUGAGCUUAGUUUUAUUUUUACAGACAAAUUUGUUUGGGAAAUGGUGGAAAUCGAACUAAAAAGACAAAGAUUGGAUCACAAAAAGCUACCCUAAAGAGAUUCAAAGAAAUUUAUGUUUGUGUAUGUUCUAGAGAAUUAAUUAAUAAAAAUGGAUUUUGUAACUUCAUUUGAAAAGGAAUUUUUGAACUUAUUUCAUCCAUUCCCGCUUUGUAUGACAGAAAUUUGAAGGUAGUGAAUGGAUUAAUUCACCAGUAGAAUUUCAAUAUAUGUACCUAUAACUUGACAUUUGCUCAAAGAAUAUUGCUUCUAGUAUCUCAAAAACUUUAUUUUAGUUUGAACAAUUUAUGGAGUAUUAGGUUGGGUUGAAUUCAGAAGCAGACCUGUUUACUCUUACGAUUUUGGCGUACAAUGUACGAUUUUGAGGUGUAAACAUUAUAUACCGUAUGUUUAUUUUUUACUAUAAAUAUAAGGUAUUGAAUGAUUUUGUGAUGAUAUUGUAUGAUUUUGUGAUGAUAUUGUACGAUUUUAAGAGUUUGAGGGUAAACAGGUCUGCAGAAGUUGAGUAGUAAAAUUUUAUUCACUAUUUAAAGGUCAAGGUCAAAAUCAACUUGCAUAAUAUGAAAACCAAUUCUUUUAAUACCAUUAGAUACCUUGUCCAAUUUACUUUCAGAAAAUGUCUACUUUUAAGUGUCUUUGCAAUCAUUUAGACUGUGAUUUUAUCAUUUUGACAAGUGUGCACAAAUGCAGUUAUAGGGUUAAGAUAUUUUAUUAAUUUUUCCCCAGUGUUUCAUAUUUAUACAAAAUAAACACAAUAACUCACAAAUUAACCUGAAUAUUUUUAAAAUAAUUUUAUUUAACUCAGUAUUGAAUAACUCAUGUUUAAUAAUUAGUGGUCAUAAUUUUACUGCAAAAUGUUUUUCAGCAAUGCUGUAGUAACUGUAAAUUCUUGGAAUCAAAAUACUUGCAUUCACAGUUAAAUAUUCAGUUAUAUGUUAAUUGGAAUUAUAUCAUCAAAUUGUUCAUUAUCUAUUAAGCUAUUAGCUAUCACCUAUUUUCUUAACUUUUAGAAUAAGAGUUAAAAUAUUAAUGUCAUCUUUUUUUUAUAUUGUAGCCAAUCCACAAGUACAUCCGCCAGUUCCCUCGACUAGAGCUGUCAGUUCACAUUCAGCCUAUCACAAGAUCAACUUUGAAAGUGGAACUUACAAUCACACCAGAUUUUCAGUGGGAAGAAAAACUGCAUGGCCACUCAGAGGUACUACUUAUUUUGAGACUUCAUCAUGCUGGUUUUCCCAUGCAUGUCUAUUUCAACUAAGUCUGGUUGCAAAAAAAUUUUUUUUUAAUAUCAUUACUAUUUUUUUUUUCUUUGACCCAUUUGAUCCAUUUUCUGUCGUUUAGAAUAAUUUAUUGAUUUUUAAUUGAGGAACUAAAUUUUCAAUCAAAAACUUUAGUUCAUUUGAAAAUCAAUUGCUUCUCUUGGAUAAAGGAUUGAUUGAGUCGGUCAGCACCCGACAUGAAUAUUUUAAAAAUAAACAUUAAUAUUAUACAUGGCAUACAGAAAAAUGACAGAUUUAAAUAUUUUUACUAGGCUUUCUGGAUAUUGGUUGAAGAUGUAGACAGUGAGGCGAUUCUGCACCAUGAAUAUUUUCUGCUAAAAAGGUGAGUUUUAAUAAACUCUAAUCCGAUUAAACUUUUCCAGGUGAUGCAAAAUAUGGUUUUAUUAACUGCUUUCAGUUUAAAAUAGAGAGAUACUAGAUGUAUAAUUGUUUAUUUUCCUAACAUAGAGAAAUAUUAGACACAUAAUUGUUUAUUUCCAUAACAUGGAGAAAUACUAGAUGUAUAAGUGUUUCUAUAAUUUUAUGACCAAACUUUUUUCAUUAUUGAAAUGUCUAUAAACUUUUCAGUAAAUUUGCCACUGAUGAGCAUGUUGUAAAAUUCUUUGUGCCAGUUUUUGAGCCAUUGCCUCCUCAGUACUUCAUUAGAGUUGUAUCUGACAGGUGGAUUGGUAAGUUUACAAACUGCUUAUGGAAUAUUUUCUUGUCUAGUAUAAUAAUUAUAACCUUAAAAUCCAUAAUUAAAAAAACAUAUUUUAUUUAAAACAAAGCUUACAAAACCUCCCUCAUGAUAUCUCUCCAGUAAUGUAAAAAAAAAAUUUUAUUCAUUAGGUUCAGAAACACAGCUUCCUGUUUCUUUUCGCCAUUUGAUUCUUCCUGAGCGGUACCCACCACCAACAGAACUUUUAGAUUUACAGCCUCUUCCCAUCACUGCUUUGCGAAAUCCCAAAUUUGAGACUUUGUACAGUAAAAAGUUUCCAAUUUUUAACCCUAUUCAAACUCAAGGUAAAUUCAUACACAGAAUAAGAAUAUGUCUUCUGUACUCAACUGUUGAUAAAAUAUAGCAACAAAUUGAUCAACAACUCACUAAUGAGAGAAGUGUUUAGUUAAAAUUAACACCUCUUUGCUCAGGAUGGCAUUUGAAUAAUAAGUUUCAUUGCCUGCAUCAAUGCUAAGACUGAAUGUAAUUCAUGUUGUGUUUCUCUUUUGUCAAUAGUGUUCAAUGCCGUCUAUAACAGUGAUGAAAAUGUCUUUGUGGGAGCCCCAACAGGCAGUGGUAAGACCAUCUGUAGUGAAUUUGCUGUCCUAAGAAUGUUUUCACAGAACCCAGAGGGAAGGUGUGUAUAUGUGGCGCCACUGGAUGCACUAGCUCAACAGGUAAGUUAAUAUUAUUAUUUUUUUAACAUAUUUCAAAUAUUUUAUGUGUCAUGUCUAACUGAAAAGUUUUUGGUUUUAUAAAAAAACACAUUUUUUAUUUCUUUAGAUCUUUGCUGAUUGGCACAACAAGUUUGCAGGAACCCUUGGCAAAAAGGUGGUCCUCCUUACAGGAGAAACAGGCACGGACUUGAAACUUCUAGCAAAGGUAGAGGAUUUAUUUUUUUAGUUUCCUAAUUUUAAUAUCAAUUACAAGAACAAAAUUUGAUGUUCAUGAUCAAAAACCAAAAUGAUUAGAGUGGUGCCAUGGAAGAAAUCCUAUUGGUCAAAGGAAAUCAACACUUCUUCCAUUUGUCUGUACAGGGCAACAUUGUCAUUUCCACACCUGACAAAUGGGAUGUUUUGUCUAGAAGAUGGAAACAGAGGAAAAAUGUUCAGAAUGUCAACCUCUUUAUUGUUGAUGAGCUGCACCUGAUUGGUGGAGAGAUGGGAGUAAGUUGUUCCCCAAGGAUUUUAUUUGGUAUCAUUUUUAAAAAAUAUUCAAUCAUCUUCCUAGACAAAUUUUAAAACAUUUUAAAGUUAUUUCUUUAUAACUAAUUUAAGCUUUGUAUCCCAGUCAUUAAUGAUUUAUUUUAAUCUGAUUGUUGAUCUGAUUUAACAGUCAGUUCUGGAAGUGAUCUGUUCCCGCAUGCGAUACAUCUCAUCACAACUUGAGAGAAAUAUAAGAAUUGUGUCACUGAGCUCCUCCUUAUCUAAUGCUAAAGACAUUGCACAAUGGCUGGGUUGUCCAACAUCAUCCUUUUUUAAUUUCCAUCCCAAUGUGAGACCUGUGCCAUUGGAGCUCCACAUUCAGGUAAUGUUCGAAUGUUUAUCUGCUCGACAAAAUGUUCAAGCAUUAACACUUAAAACUGAAUUAUGAAUUUUGAAGACAAAGUGAUGUAUUUAUCUUGACUAAAUAUUUUAUUUAUUCGGGACUAACCUGGAAAUAAAAAACAGACCCUGACUGAAUAAGUUAUAAAAAACAGGAAUGUUCAGAUUUUGUAUAAACUUGGCUUUAUUUCUUUUUUAGGGAUUUAAUGUAUCUCACAAUGCCUCUCGCAUUAUUGCCAUGGCAAAGCCUUCCUAUCAGGCUAUUGUCCGACAUUCACCCAAGAAGCCAGUGAUUGUCUUUGUGCCAUCCCGCAAGCAAACAAAACUCACUGCCAUUGACAUUUUGACUUGUGCUGCUGCUGAGAUGCAAGGUGGAACGGACGAAAAGCCCCAUAGCAGAUUUCUUCAUGUCAGAGAGGAUGAUCUGAAACCAUUCCUUGAUAAAAUAACUGACUUGGUUGGUUUAUAAAUAUUUCUUCUUUGGUCAGAUUGUUAAAAUAUUUGUAUUCAUUGAAUUUUUGGAGUGAUUAUUUGAAUUUCUAACAUUCAUAAUUUGAAUAUGACUUUUCUAUCAUUUUACAUUUAAUAUUUGAUAAUUAUUUUAUCAGACCCUAAAGGAGACUCUAGCCAAUGGUGUUGGCUAUUUACAUGAAGGUUUAUCUGAAGCCGAGAAGAAAAUUGUUGAGCAACUCUUCAGCGCUGGAGCGGUGCAAGUUGUUGUUGUGGCCAGAGGACUGGCCUGGGGCAUCAAUGUUUCAGCUCAUCUUGUCAUUGUCAUGGACACACAAUACUAUGAUGGCAAGAUGCACUCGUAAGUAAUAAAUUUGUCAUUCUUGGCGGGCCUGUCUUUUCAUGAGUUGGUACUCCUAAAAUGACCAGGAUGUAUUUAAUCUUCAAUUUAUGUUAAAUUAUUUUAAGAAUUCUAUUUAAGAGAGUGCUAACUUCAUUGGAUGGCUUCUCAUUAAAUGAUGUCAUGUUCUACAAUUAACUUUAUUGGAUGGCUUCUCAUUGAAUGAUUUCAGGUUCGACAAUUACCUACAAAAUUUCAUUCAAUCCAUUCAAAUUCAGCAUUUGUCAAAGGGUGCUGCUGAUGUUUUAGCCAAGUAUGAAAUAAAGUUGGAAUGUAUAUAACCAGGAUUUGCCAUUUCAAUGAUGGUAUUGUGUUAUAGUGUAACAUUUUUAAAUUCUCUGUCUGAGGCAGAAAGAAAACAAUUUGACACUCAACAAUUAAAUUCACCCAGAAAACAUAUUUAUCUUUUAAAAUAUCAGUAGCUUGUUUUGUGACGUUUUUACUUGUUACAUUUAUAAUAGAAUAAAUCCCGGGUACUAUCAAAAAAACAUGCAUCCUGGUUUUUAUAUUUAAUAUCUUAAAUAUCUUUUCAUUGCUCAAAUGUAAUAUAUUGACUAUUAUCUUUAAAAUAAAAAGUCCUGAAGUUACUGUCAAUCUUUGCAUGUGACCAUAAAAAUCACAGUUGCUGCUCAGUAAAAAAAGAUAAUACAGUUUUCAAGACCCACAUUUAUUGAUGGGUUGAGUUAAGAGGAGCGUUGAAAGGGACAAUAGCUGCGAUACAGAAUUUUGCUGGACACAUAUGUACAUUAAAAAAUGGCGUCAGCAAGCAGUCGAGCCAGAGCUUUUAAUGCCCGACCCAAAGUAUCCCCCGAAGCCAGAAAAGUCCCCGAAUUAUCGUACCAGCGAAGAGGCAUGCUGGAGAUCUCCUCCUGCUAGGACAGCCCCAGCCAAUAUCUUCACUCAGUUGACUAGCUUUACGUGGGCCAUCUCAGCCUAACGACAUCCAGUUGGUUGAUAGUGUUGUUUUGACAACACUAGCAAUCGACUUUCCCAGUGGUGGGAAUGGUACACUUUUAUCCUAAUAUCCUUCCCUGCCCGACCCAGGGAAGCCUUGGCCCCCCCUCCAAUAGGUUUUCUACAUUGGGUUUCUACCUCGUAAAUGGUUCACGAAAUAGCUGGGACAAAACGCUUGCCCACCUCAUGCCUCAUAUCCGUCAUCUGCAACAUAAUAAUCAUGAUCACUCCCCUGUUUCUACUGUUAUUUCAACAAGAGAUAUGACCACAGUUGGCAAAAGCUAAAGUUCACACUGUAGUUGCUACAAUUUGGGCAGAUACCUUGCAUGACCUUUGCUCAAGCAAUGGUGGUUAUGUCUAUAGAGUAAUGUAAGGGGGUUGGUGGCAGCUCCUCUUUAGUAAACAUGUCACUCGCUGACAAAAGUCCACGGGAAGGAAGGACAUAUCCAUGGCAUAUUUAACACUUCUAUAUAUAAAACCUGAAACAGUAAUUGUGUGGAGACAUUUGAAGUUGAAGUGUUAAAAUGCUUUUAGCAUUAGUCGGGAAGGGAACGUUAAUUUUUUACUAAUACUCAACUUUGUCUGGGAGGAACUAAGAACAAGUUAAUGAGUAAAAACAAAAUUAAAUUUCAGUUAUGAAGACUAUCCAGUUACUGAUGUACUGCAGAUGAUUGGAAAAGCUAACAGGCCCCUUCUGGACAAAGAAGGUAUGCUUUUUAAUUCACAUAAAAAUAAAUCUGUUUAAAGAUACCCCUGGUAGAAUUAUCAACUCUCAUUUAAUGAGAUGUGUUAUAAUACUUAUUCAAUAUAAGAAGGAGCUUAGAUGUGUUUCCGUUACGGUUCUUAAAAACAAUCGUAGUCAUUUUGUACUAUUUUACAGAAAUCAAAUCAAUUUAAAUUAGCUCAGAUUUUUAAAAACAAUAGUUAUUUUGUAAUGUAAAUAUUAUUAAAUAUAUUUGAUUUUUUGCAAGUAUAAGGAAUCUUUAAUAUGAAAGUAUUAUUAUAAAAAAUUGCAUAUAAAUUUAAUGUAAUUAUUUUCUUUGUGGAUUAGGGCGUGAAAAAAGUUGGUUGGCCUAUAUUAUGCAUUGUUAGAAAUGUAAACAUCUUUACAUAGAUAUUUAUUUUUAAACCUUUACAUAGAUAUUUAUUUUUAAACAAAAGGAAAGUCUGAUUUACUAUUCCUAAGGACACUUUUGAAGGGUGUGGAAAUUUCCGCAAUUUUUAAAAUAUUUUUUUUAUUUUUUGAGGAUACAAUAUCUCAUUACCGAUAUAGUUACAUACUUUAAAAAUUUUAGAUUUUGAAACUUCCCAAUUUAAGGUAGCAGGUAGUGCGUGCCUUAUGGUUUCCAUUUCUUUCCAGGUAACACAGGGUUAUAUCUUCUAGUUUUUAAUAUCAAAACUAUUUAGAAAAUACUCUUACUAACUUGAUACAUUUUUCCAGGAAAGGCAGUGAUUAUGUGCCAGAGUUCAAAGAAAGAGUUUUUCAAGAAAUUCCUGUAUGAACCACUCCCAGUAGAGGUAAGACAGAAAAGUAGUUUCAAAUAUUUUUAGUUAGAUUCCAAAAUAUGCUUAAAAUCUUAACUGUCACAAUAAUUCUAAACAAAAUGUAUUUUCUUUUGUUUAGAGUCACUUGGAUCACUAUUUACAUGAUCACUUCAAUGCUGAAAUAGUGACAAAAACCAUUGAAAACAAGCAAGAUGCCGUGGAUUAUCUCACAUGGACAUUUAUCUACAGGCGCAUGACACAAAACCCAAACUACUAUAAUUUACAAGGUUAAUGACAAUAGACUGGUCUUUCAAUUGUCUUUCUUGUUAAAUGUACUUUUUAUAAUUGAUUUGUCCUUGACAUUUUACCUCAGAUUUUUGUUUAUUUUAGUUAAGUACAAGUAGCUAUUCUAAUUUUGCCACUUUGUUGUUAAUAGGUGUUUCACAUCGUCACUUGUCAGAUCAUCUCUCUGAAAUUGUUGAAAACACAAUCAAUGAUUUAGAGCAAUCUAAGGUAAGAUUAUUGAAUAACUUUUAUAGCUUCACAGUGGCUUCUUUUCAAAUACCUGUGUACCAUAAAUAUUUUUAAAAAAAAUAAUUGUGUGCAGUAUUACAUUUGAUGUUACAAGAAAAAAUCUCUAGAUUGUUCAAAAUUUAAAUAUUUAUCAUUUUGAUUCUCAAAAAUUUGAGAGAAAAUGAAGUAAGCUAAUUCUGUGUAGAAUAGGACUAAUUUUGACAAUAAUGAAUAUGGAGACCUCAACAGAGACCUUAACACCUUUCAGAUUGACAAGUAUCUAUAAAGAAUAAUUGUAUUAAUGUUGUAGGACUACAUUUGAGUAAUAGAUGCUGAUAGUGAUAUACCUUUUAUUUGUCAAUAGUGCAUCAACAUAGAGGAAGACUUUGAUGUCUACCCACUCAAUUUGGGUAUGAUUGCUGCAUACUAUUACAUCAACUACACGACCAUAGGUAAACUUGCAAAUCUCAUUGUUUGUGUUGCCAUGAGUUAAAUGUAAAUAGCAAUGUCUUAUUUCAACAUUGACUUAAUUUGUAUUACCCUAAUGUAUAAGAGAUUAAUGGAUUAAUUGUUCAAUUUUGCCAAACAGAACUUUUCAGCAUGUCCCUCAACAACAAGACAAAGAUAAAGGGUUUAAUUGAAAUUGUUGCCAAUGCAGAUGAGUAUGAAAAUCUUCCAAUCAGGCAUGGAGAGGCUGCCAUUUUGAAACAGGUGAGCUUAAAACUUACUUUAAAAAAAAACAAACACCACUGAGGUAUUUGUUGAUUAAAUUCUACUCUACAAAGCACUCUUUAACAGAUCUGUUUCUAAUAUGGAUCCAGACCUGUUUACUCUUUCGAUUUUGGCGUGCAAUUUACGAUUUUGAGAUAUCUUUUAUGAUUUUACGCCAAGACCUGACAAAACUACAAUUUUAAGAGGCCAGUUUUAAAAUAUAUACAUUCUGGUAAUUUUUUUCAGAUCUAAACAAAAUAAUUAAUUAAAAAGUACAUUUUCAGGUUGUUAAUUUUAACUUAGAUUUGCAUUCUACGUACAGUAGUGAAUGGAUCAAGUAAUGCGAUUGUUAGGAGACCAUCUAUAACUAUAUUAUGUUUGCCCUGAGAGGGGAAUGGAGUGGUCGGGUGUUGAUUUAGGAGAUUUUGUUUACGGGAUGGGGCUGUCGUCUAAAUAUUUCACUCUUCAAAAAUUAACACACUGUAUGUCCAACUUGGGCAUGUGAUGUAUAUUUUGUUGGGCUAUGCCAGUGCUUCUAAAAUUUCAUGUGUGGUGCCUAUGCCAAAUCAUGUUUUCACCAGGGGCCUUGUGUUACAUUCUAACAAGUACACUUGGAAAUAGCGAAUAUAUAAACAAAAUAAAUAAAGGGUUGGGUACAAAUGAAUAUAACACAUAUAUGUAAAUCAUUAAGUGCCAUACAGUAACUGCAAACAGUAAUUACUCUAGUGGGGGGAGGGGCGAUAGAAAAUUUGACUUUUUGCGUACAUACUAUACAGUUUCUCCUCGCGUUUGUUUGCUUCGGGUUGUAUGACAUAUUUUUGUGACACAUUUAUUUCUUACAGGUGGGGGCGAGUGAAGAGACAGAGAAUACUAGAGAAUGAAUUUUCAUUUGUUCCAUGCAGCAACAUUAGAUUUUGACAUAUUUUUUAGGAACUGAGGGCCUUUAAAAUCUGUUUUUAGAAUGCACCAAACCGCUGUAAAAUUUUUUACAAAACCCCCUCUUCCUUGCACUUAUGUACAGCUUGUGAUAGUUAUCAGAUUGUAAUAUGUUAAGGGGAAAUAGGCAUAAAGGAUGUUGAUGAAUUUUUAAAACAGCUGUUCCAAAAAUAUAAAUCUCAAGUUAAUAGGUAGUUUUUAAAAAUGUUAAAUACGCCCUAAUUGUUUCAUUAAUUAUUAUUUCAAUAAAUUUUAUUUUAUGCUGAUCUGAAUUUGAGUUUGAACCAGGUAAAAUCUCACGCAAAUAUUAAUUAAUAUCUAUAGCAGGUACACAUCAGAAAACAAACUGACCGCAGUGUGCAAUAUAAAUGUCAGUAAUGUACUUUUAGAAGUUACCUUUUUUGACGUCAUCUCAAUUCCACCUCGCUAGAUGCGUGAUGUGACUAGUUAUGCAUUAUAUAUAUACUGGAUGUUUAUUUACUAUUAAGAUACUAUAUUAUAUGAUUUUGAGACAAUAUUGUACGAUUUUUGGAGUUAGAGGGUAAAAAGGUCUGUGGAUGAUAGGACUGUUUUUGUAACACUGAAAGUUCCAGUGAAAUUAACAUUAUGGACAAGUUUAAAAAUGUUUUUUAUUCUACAAAAUUGUAACAUAGCAGAAUUUAAAUCAAAUUAUUUUGUCAUCUGCAGCUUGGCAGUCGCUUACCUAACAAGAUAACUAAUGCCAAGUUUAAUGACCCUCAUGUGAAGACAAACCUUCUUCUGCAAGCACAUCUUUCUCGUAUGCAGCUCUCAGCUGAGUUGCAAAGUGAUACUGAGGACAUUUUGAAUAAGGUAUGAUAAUUUGUUCUUGUUACUUUAGAAAAAAAUUUUGAUUUUUUGUGGAAAAUGUUUGUAAAGGCUGCAUUUAAAUGACUAACAAUGUUUACAAUUGAUUUUAUGGUAAAGUAACAGUACUGGUAAUAUUAAAAUUAAUCAUUCAAGGCUAUCCGCUUGAUCCAAGCUUGUGUGGAUGUUUUGAGUAGCAAUGGAUGGUUGAGUCCUGCCUUGGCUGCUAUGGAGUUAGCUCAGAUGGUAACACAAGCCAUGUGGUCAAAGGAUUCAUCCCUGAAACAGCUUCCUCAUUUCACAGCUGAAAUCAUCAAACGAUGCCAAGAGAAGGUAAACAAACAGCAAUUCUUUUUCUGAAAGUUAGUGAUUUAAUUAAAUCAGCAUCCACUCAUUUCAGUUAAAUCAAUAACUUGUUAUAACAUUUAGUUUUUAAUAUAAUAACAAAAUGCAAAUAAAACUAAUGAUAUUACAAGCGGUAGUACUAACCUGUACUGUUGUUACACGGCAUGUUUUGUUUUGGCAGUGGUCUGGGUCUUCUCUUUCUUUUGUAAUGUAAUGGUAUCUGUCUCAAGGUCUUAAGUUGUUUUCAGUUUCAUCCACUGAAAUAUGAAAUGUUAAAGUUAAAACUCAAAAGUUUACAAGAUUUUAACUGCCUUCUAUUUGCGAAAAUAAAUAUGCAUACUGCAUACACAGUAUAUAAUUUAUAAUGUUAGUAAAGUAAAGGAGUAAGUUUUUAAGUAAGGUUAAUUUUGGAAUUGGACAUUUACGAAAGGGGGUGGGUGAAACACUAGGUACCGGUAACUAAUUCUUAAAAUUAGCUUUAUAACUUGGAAAAAGAAUAAUAAUUAACAUUGCAUCACUUUCUUAUGCAUCAUACCAUAUAACUUUAUUUAUAAAAUGGAUUAGCUUUCGAAUUUCUAGUUUAAAAAGGAACUCCACUAAAAUUAAAGCAUUCCGUUCACCCUCGGGACAAUAAUGCUUCGACCCAACAUGAAUGCUUCGAAUCAACUGUAUUAUCAGAGUUUAAUGAUUCACUGCAGUUUUCCAAGCAAAUUGCAUAGCUAAAAAAUAAAUAUCAUUAAAUAUUUUAACAUUCAUUGAACUAAUAUAGUUGCCUUUUUUUUCUCUGCAAUCGUAAAAUAAAUACAGAUGAUUUUGAAAUAAAGCUUGAUCGUCAUUUUUCACUAGGCGUAAGAAACACGCAUUAGUUAUUGAUAAGCCCACAUUAAAUUAACAAAUAUAUGAAAUAAAAAGCUUUCUAUAUAAAUUAAACAUUCCCAAAUGAAACAAUAAUGUUUUAACUUACCUAUUUCAGUUUAAAAUCCAUGAAAAGGCACUAAAUUUAAGAAGAUCGUAGAUAAAAUUAGUCAUCACAUACUGGUUUCAUCGAUCAGAGUUCGCCGUGGCGGGGUUGACUUGCACCUUUUUUUAGCAGAGGGUGUUGACUUGUUACCAAGCCUUUGCGGAAUGAUAUCAUAAAUGGGGUGUUCACAAAACUAUAACAGUUUUAUAGAAAAUUGGAUGCCCUUUCUGGCUAUAUAUUUUUUUAAGCUGUAAAGUGAUUUUAUCAUCUAAAAAACUCAAUUUUCAUUUUUAAAUCAAUGUUUUUUAGCUUUUAUUUAUGGUUAACAGCUUCAAAAAAUACAUCAUAUUAAGGAACUACAUUUCUACUUUCUAGAUCAGUUGUUACUGAACGCACACGUAAAACGAUACAUUUCCGCAACGAGCUGGCGCGACCCAACCAAAAAAUUUUUUUUUUUCUCCCCGCAGCGUAAAUUUCGCCAGCUCAUUUAGAAAACCUAUUUUUAUACACCCUAUUGAGGUGGCAUUCAGUCACCUGAAGCAACAUUUUCAUGAAGCAAAUUAAUUAAUUGCCUUUUAUAAAAUAAAAUUUAUUUGACACUGUAAGUUUAUGUAUAAGUGUGAGUGUAAAUAAGUGUAUGUGUAAGUGUGUGUAAGUAAGUGUAAGUGUGUUUAAGUUUAAGUAACUUCAGAAAAUCUUAAAAAUUGUUGUUUUUUUUCUUCCAGAACUUGGAAUCCAUAUUUGAUAUUAUGGAGAUGGAGGAUAAGGAAAGAAGUGACCUGCUACAAUUGUCCGAGUCUGAGAUGGCAGAUGUAGCAAGGUUUUGCAACAGAUACCCAAAUAUUGAACUGACAUAUGAAGUGUUGGAUAAGGAGACUAUUCAUAGGUGAACAAUUAGCUACAUUUCAUUACCCUAACCAUUGUUCAAGUUUCAUGACAUUUCAAAUUAUUUGGUUUCUUUUUGCUUUCUAAAAAUACUCAAAUUUAUCUUAUUAAUGAGCUAAUUAAUUAAAAUUGAAAUUGCCUAUUGUUAGUUAACACCAUUGUUUUUAAAUAUUCUUUAAUAUUUCUGUUGUGUUAAUUUUUUUCAGUGGCUCUAACAUAAAUGUCACAGUAACUCUGGAAAGAGAGGAUGAGAUCACUGGACCAGUCAUUGCUCCAUUCUUCCCACAAGUGAGUUUUCCAACAAAAUGCUAAAGAAUAAAUAUUUGGUUAAAAAAUUAAAUGUUACACCUAAAGCAAUUAAAUGUAAUCUAUUAGCAUUAGACCCAUUUUGUGAUACAUUUAAUUUUGGUCUAUUCCAGAAGCGUGAAGAAGGCUGGUGGGUAGUCAUUGGUGAUCCCAAGAAUAACUCUCUUCUGUCCAUCAAACGAUUGACACUUCAACAAAAGGCUAAAGUUAAACUUGACUUCAUGGCUCCAGCCCCUGGCCGAUACAACUAUGUCAUCUUUUUCAUGAGCGACGCGUACAUGGGAUGUGACCAGGAAUACAAGUUUACCGUUGAUGUUAAGGAAGGGGAAAGUGACAGUGACAGUGAUUAAACUGUGAACAGAAAUCAUGAAAUUAUUGAGAUCAAGCAGCAGCCUUUUACAUACUUCAUGUUUUUUAUUUUAUUGUCUUUAUACAAAAAAAAUUAUGCUUAAUGACAAGUUAAAAUAUCUUUUAAUAAAAUUAAUUGGAAUGUUUGGAACAAAUGUUAGAACUAAAAUAAAUUGUUUAUAAACAUAAGGAAAAUACUUGAAAGAAAGGGUAAUUAUAUAAAUUAAUAAUUUACAUUUUCUUCUUUUCCCUACUUAACAGUUUAAAAAUAAUGGUUUUUGCUGUAAGAUUUCAUUUACACCUAUUUCAUUUCUAACUUGAGUAAAGAUAAUUGUUAAGUAGCCUACCAGAGUUAUUAUUGAAUGUCAAAAUAUCUGAUGUACUGUUAUUUCAUAUUUUUGUCAUCACUCCAUACCCUUUAAAAAUCAAAGCAAAAAGUUGCUUUUCUUUGAUUCAUUAUUAUAUACUGGUAAUAGAUUCAUGUUGAAAAAUUAGAAUUUUUAAAAUAUUUUUUUAAACUUCAUUUUUAGUGUAAAUAAUUAUGUCCUCUGAUGAGCAACAUGUUCUGUUUCAAAAAAUAAACUCUAAAAUGUUUA